AUGUCAAGCCGCCGACAGGUUCAGACGGCGUGCCAGGGCUGCCGCAAGAGACGAGCAAAGUGCAGCGGCGGUCAGCCCUGCAAUCGAUGCGAGCAACGGGGCGACCCCUGCCAGUACCAGAGCCGCGAAUGGGUGUCCAAGAGCAAUCUGCGCGCCGAGCUUGGCCGGCUCCGAGACAGCAUCGGCCAGUCCAGCACGUCGCAGGGCCAGGUCCCAGCAAGCAGCUCCGGCGUGACAAACGAGAAUGCGCUGCAGAGCUGGAUCGACAGCGUCAAGUCGCCCGAGCUCAGCUCCGGCAAGCUGCGUCAACCAAGCGACUCGGUGGUCUUUUCGUCCGAUUCGAUCCCCGGAGGAGGAGGAGGAGGAGGAGGAGGAGUUCCGCUGGGCGCCUCGUCCAUACUGGCCAGCACGGCGGCCAGCUCGUCCUCGUGCUUCGACCAGCUGCUCAGCUGGAGAUCCUGCCAUCCGACAUUUCAGCAGCGCGACUUGAGCAAGUCGCCCUCGUCCCUGGCCGCGUCCGGUGAGCUGUCGUUGCCGUCUGCACCUCUCGACGCAUACAGUGCCUCGAUGGAGAUUGACGGGUGGACGCAGAUCGGAUGGACCCGCGCACACAUUCGACACCUGUUUGAUGUGCUGGUCACCUGGGAUAGCAUAUGCUUAUGUAUUCUGCGAAAGAAAGAAUUCCUGCAAGACUAUGAAACUGGUUCGCAUCGAUUUUGCUCUUCAGCUCUCGUGCACGCACUGUUGGCGCUGGCAACGCGGCUCAUCGACGAAACAGAAAAUGAUGCACAUAUUUUACCGUCUGGCUGGCUCGGAAGCAAUUACUUCCUGCGCAAGGCAAAUGAAAUGCUUCAAAAGCAGGCAUCGACCGAUAGCCUUCCCGACAUCCAGGCUCUGGGCAUAUUGGCUCUGUAUCACAUCCGAUGCGGCAAGGAAGACGAAGCACUGAAGCACGCAGAGUUGUGCUCUGAACGUAUACAGUCGCUCUGUCUCAGAGAAACUGGUGUUGCCUCGACAGACGAGGAGUCUGUCAAAGUGCGAGCUACAACUUACUGUGGCGCUAUAUCCUUGCGGAGGAUGUUGUAUCUGAUAACUGGUGUACUGUUCAACGGCUCUGAACAAUCACAUGAAGACAAUCCCAUUCUGGAUCAGGACUCAUACGAUGGUGCUGGGACAAGCAUGAUGAGCCCAGGUGCAAUUAAUGAUGCGACUGUAAGCUUGCAACUUACAAACCCGCAGAUUCUCAACAUCAAAAUGUUUCAGCUCACGGAGUGGUGUCUUGGGUGGUACCGUGACGUAUUUGAGCUUAUCGGUAACAGCGGAAACCGCAGCCCGUUCAUAUUGUUUAUUCAUAUGUACUAUCACUUCUGCCUUCUUUGUGCCUUUCGACCAUUUGUCGGCACCGUCUUUACAGACACGGAGAUUCAGCCACACGACAUGUGUACUCAAGCAGUACAGUCCAUCCUCGCUCUUGCGCAAUCGUACGAUGAUCUCUUCACGCUCAGGCGCGUGUCGGCUCUCGUCCCAUACUUUGUGUGUGCUUCCGGGCUAUUCGGCCUCGCCGUCGAGGACAGCGGAUCAAACAUGGACUUUGUUCGUCAUCUGAGCCCUCGAGUGACCCAGGAGCCCCAGCUGCCGCAUGCGGACGGGGCUGGGUCGUCCUCCGGGACAGGAUCGGCAUCGCGAAUCAAGGUGUCUACUGUUGUCCAAGCCCGCAUCCUCUUGUCCAAGAUGGGCGAAAGCCACCCGGCGGCAGCAAUGGCUGCCGAGAAGCUCAACGAGAACCUGCAGACUUGGCGACGGGCAAGAGCAGCCAGGUCUAGUGGGGCGUAG